AUGUCCCAAGCGUCUCUGCUGCAUCAACUGAAUUUUUUGGCAGCUCAAAGUAUCUACGCCAAUAAGGUAUACACUCCUCUGCAAGCUCCCUUCUCUCUGGACAACGUUAUGGGAACAAGCAUGGAAAUGGCUAUGGAAAAUUGUCAGCGAUUGUUCAAAUGGGAACGUUGGAAUUGUCCCACAUCGGAUUUUCUACUGAGGCGUUCAUCACCAUCAGCGGAAUUGGAUCGUGAAGGUGCCUUUGUGGAGGCCAUUGCAACAGCAGCCUUAAUAUACACCACCACCAAGAAUUGUUCGAGUGGCAUAACGGCCGGGUGUGGUUCUUGCUCUGAUAACCCCUACACAACUAUUUGUUCGGAUAACCCCAAAGAAGCCGAAGAACUCUUGAGGAAGCACAGUGAUAUUAAUUUUGCCAAGGAUUUCAAAGGCAAAAUUGAAAGCCAUAAUUACAAGGUCAUCACAAAUCUGUUAGAAAAAUCACUUACCAAUCAGUGUGUGUGUGCUAUUAUGGGUCCCGGCGGCAAUUGUGCUAAAGAAAUUUGUCGUCUAGUUUUGAAACCAUUCGAAGAGAUCGCCAACGACAUACGUCAGAUGUACGAUGAAGGAAUUCUACUGGAAAAUACAAUUAUCAAUUCUCGUGUCUUGUGGAACAAUAUUCCAUUGGAUGCAUUGGUCUUCAUGAAGGAUUCACCCAACUAUUGCGAAUUGGAUGCUGUACCUCACUGGAAUGGUAUGGUUGGACGUCAGUGUGCAAGUGGAGCGAGUGAAGAAGAUCUAUCGGAUGAGGACAGAGAACGUUGCGGUUAUCUUUGUCGGGAGUGUGGCUACACCGUUGAAGAGAAGACUGCCUUAACGGAAACACGUUGUAAUUGUAAAUUGACAUGGGACUUUCAAUUGCAAUGUGAUUCGUGUAUAAUUGCGGAGAAGCAUCACUACUGUUACUAA